AUGUUCGGCCCACCCUCACCGCUGUCAAAGAGCAGGCUGAGAGGUACGCUUCAAAGUCGAAGACUUUCGCCGAGGGGCUCCCCUCGAUCACCGGGGUCGGGAAGUCCAAGUGGCGAGGGCAAAGUGUCCUUCGGCUUGCCCAACGAGGUCAAGUCUCCUAGAUUCCGCUCGGGCAACAAGUCCGUGCCAGCACCGCUCAAGCUGGAGGAGCUCCCGGAUGACGUCCCUAGCUCCAGUCCGAAGCGAGCGACAAGCCAGACGCCCCCUGCCCCCACGAAGGCGUGGGGUGCAGAACGCGUGCAAGUGCUGUGUGCCUCCCCCGCCAGCGGAGCCGUAACUCCCAGCUUUGCGGUCAUCCCACCGCACCUGUCAGACAACGUCUUCCGGAGCAUUUCUGUUGCUUCCACGGCCCACACGAAUUACACCAACUAUUCUGCAGCCCACAGUGAUGACAGCUCCAUUGUGUCCGCAGCACAAGCAGCACUUGCAGCUGCUUCAGAAGCCAUGCGGCAAGAAGCAGUCAAAGCAGCAACGGCCCGGCAGCAGCUAGAAGACCAGUCCAGGCGCUUGGAGGCCCAACUGGCCGCCACCAACCAGAUCCUGCAGCCGCUUAUGUCGCCUCGCGUCCAGCAUCUCCUCCACCAGAUUCAACCUCCGAAGCAUUUCGCGGCUCCACAAAGUCAAACCACCCAGGCGCCAUUCCUCACACACGGCUAUGUUGGCGGCUAUGGACACAGCUCUGGUUCCUGCUCUGCGGCUCCCGUUACUGUUCGAAGGACAGUUCGCGUCGCGCCGCCGAGGGUCGUUAGCCAGGUGCCCGCUGCCGCUGCCCCCAAGCAAGAUAUCCCCAGUCUUGAUGCCACCCAGAAGGUGCAGGAAGACAAUACUAGGAGCGACCAGCAGCAGGUGUCGACAUCAUCCUCCGUGGGCGUGCAAACAUCCUGCGAGCUGCCAGUGCCCGCGCAGGACCUCGCGCUGAAGGAGAUCGCGGAGGCGCUCGCACUCGCCUCUCGAGAUCUCGGCACGGAGGGGCUUUCCUUGGAGCAAGUGAAGCAGGAUCGUGACUGUAUUCGGCAGGCCAUCGCCAAGGGCCGAGCUGCCGGUCUGUCCGAGGAGGAGCUGGCCACGGCUGAACAGCAGCGGCGUCGAUUACAUCAUCUCUACCAGGACUUGAAGGGCCAACUACGGGUCUACUGCCGAGUCAGGCCCCUGAACUCCAGAGAAAGACGGAUUGGCGACAAGGAAGCAAUGCAGGUCGUCGAUAAAAGCACCCUCGAGGUUCGUAGCACUGGGGACGUUUUCGAAUUCGAUGGAAUUUUCGGGAGUUCCGACUCGCAGGCUGACGUCUUCGAGGAUUGCUGUGACCUGGCCCAGUCUGCUGUGGACGGUCAAAAUGUGACGGUGUUUUGCUACGGCAUUACUGGCGCUGGCAAGACUUACACCAUGUAUGGGACUCCAGAAGAAGAUGGUUUGGCACAGCGGAUGUUUGGCGAGGUUUUUGCACAGGUUGACGUGCGACCCCAGGCGAAUGUUACAGUCAUGGGGUCGAUGAUGGAGCUGUACAACAACUACCUCGUCGAUCUCCUUCGCCCGAUUGACUGGCAGGGUAGACAAAGCCCAGCCUUGAGCUUGAAGCUGGACAGGUCAGGCACGGUGCAGGAGCAUCGGGAACCACACGAGCACGCCUUGUUUCCCACAACAUUUCUGGCUCGAGAGUGGAGGGACGGCAACUGUGCGAAUCUGCGAGGCGUUUCGUGUCGCACAGGCCGUCCGGAAUUUCAGAUGACCGACACAACCGAGCUGCUUAAACUUGGAGCAGCUUUGGCAAUCACGGUCGCCAUCUGCCGUUUACUCUGGGUGAAGGGCACUGGAUCGAGCAAGACAAAGGCUGCGGAGCCAGGAACUCCCAAAUCGCCGGGAAACCGCUCGGCGACCCCCAAGGCAUCCAACGGCACUGCGGACGAUCUUUGGAUCUACUACGGUUCCCAGACGGGGACGGCAGAAGGAUUCGCACAGGAGCUAGAGCAGGAGGCCGCAAAUCACGAAAUUGGUGCCACAGUUGUCGAUCUGGAGGACUUCGAUCCAGACACUUUCAAGACGCACAAGGCCGUGGUCAUGGUACUCGCCACGUACGGCGAGGGAGAUCCCACGGACAAUGCCACGGAGUUCUUCAAGUGGCUGGCAGAUGACAGUGUGGAUUCAGACUGCCUGAAGGGAAUGAAGUUCACCAUCAUGGGCUGCGGAAAUCGACAGUACGUCCACUUCAACCAAAGUGCGAAAAUUGCAGAUCAGCGAUUGGAGUGCCUUGGUGCCGAACGCAUCUACGAGCGUGGAGAGGGCGACGACGACCAAAACAUCGAAGAGGACUUUGAACAAUGGCGAGAGAAUGGCUUGUGGCCAGCUCUGCGGAAGGCUUUGGGCCUUGCAGGGUCAGAGAAUGUCAAGGACGAGCAUGCCGUGGAGACCGCGGAAUCGGUCUUGAAGCGUCUUCCUCUGAAGCUGGAACUUGCGCAGAACAUUAGGAACUUGCCGGUGGACCCCUUGGUGCAGGUCGGUGGUGCAGACGUUCUCGGCAAGUGGUAUUUCCAGGCAUCGCAAGCUGCCGUCGCUGUUUGCGACGAGCUGCGUCAAAAGCCUAAUGCCGAUGCCGGCAAGACUACGAAACACAUUGAAUUCAACGUGCAACAGCUGCCAGCUGUGGAUUGGCGAACUGCAGAUAAUCUCGAGGCCAUCGAGGGAAUUCCAGAAUAUGCCAGUUCUUACGGAAUCGGACCGAGGAACUCUGCUCCCGAGAACCGUGAUGUUCUGCUACCGGGAGCUGUCAGGGGCACCACAGGUACACAUGGCACCGCGGGCACCACGAGCGCCUCCAACGAGGCCACUCCAAUCAUAGCAAACACUUUAAGCAGCUCGACUACGCUGGCGAGUGUGGACACCGAGGAAGGGCAAGGACAGCCGGCAUCGCCUUUGAAUGUCGGGUCUUUGAGAUCCGUUAAAUCCGUGGAGCAGAGAAGCAUGGCAGGAGGCGAGCCGGGCCCUGGAUACCUGACCGACAUCCAGGUGGCCCAGCUGGGCCAGAUAUUCAGUUUCGUGGACAAGAACGGAGAUGGGAAGCUGACGAGGAAGGAAUUAUUGAUUGGCUUGAAGAAGUCUCCUGCCGUCCGCGCCCUCUUUGAGAUCUCUGGAAGCGAUCUAGAGCAAAUCCAAGCAGACUUUGAGGGCCAAGGCCGCCUGGGCUCCGCGGAAGGGCGGUGGUGCCUCUUGACAUCGGCGGAUGAUGUCUUGAACAAGGCGGAGUUCAUCAGGCACUUUAUAGGGAAUCCAGAGCAAGCGCUCAAAGGGAUUCGUUUACAUUGUGGUGAUCCUGACAGACCCAAGUUUACGGCAACGCAGGACUGGCAGCCUGUCCCGAAGGGAGCUGCUUGCCCUCCAGGCUUAGAGUACAAGAUGGAUCUGGCCACAGGAGAGACCCUGGGGUCUUGCCCGAGAAUCCUGACGAUGUGGUGCAGUGGUUUGCUGAGCGUCUUGGCGUCGGUGACCAGCUACAAAGUGAAUGGCCACGUGACGUUCAUCCGGUCCUGCGCGGAGGGCAAAGCAGUGAAGAAGCCAUUCCCGACACCAUGCAGCGUCCACGUGGCACUGUCUCUGUACUGUGACCUCUGCACUUUACACAGGGCUUGUUGCAAGCGCCUUGCGCCCUUCGUGCGGGACGAAGCAGACAGUGCAGCGCUGCAGACCCUCCUGCAGGACCGCGAGGCUUUCCAGAUUCUGGCUGAUGGCCGGAUGAGUAUGCGAGACUUUUUUGAGUUGUUUAUGCCAUCUGCCGAAAUCGACUUCUCUGCCUUUGUACAGCUUUGUCAAAGACAAAAGAACAGGCCCUACACCAUAGCAUCUUCUUCGAAGGAAGACCCCAACAGGAUAGCCAUCUGCGUCAGCCUUGUCCAAGAAGAGGGCAAGAGCCCAGAAGCCGCCCUGAAGGACCUGGCUGACCGUGGCAUUCGAAUCCCACGUGCGAAUGCAUUCCUGCAGAAGCUGGGAGAGACCGCCGUCAAACCUAGGAGAUUCCGCGGGCUGUGUUCUGAGAUGCUGUGCACGAGGACGACGCGCGGAGCAAAGCACUGGAUUUAUGCACGGGCUUCCACUUUCCGCUUGCCACGUCGCACCACGACUCCGAUUGUGAUGAUUGGUGCUGGCACAGGCUUGGCACCGUUUCGAGGCUUCGUGCGUGAAUUUAGAUCUGAGAGUGGGUGCCGGACGAAGACCGUUCUUUUCUUCGGAUGCACGAAGCGAGAUGAGGAUUUCAUUUACAAGGAGGAGCUUUGUGAGGCUGUGGAAAUGAAGCCGCCGGCACUCAAGGAGUUGAUAACGGCAUUUUCUCGCGAGCAGAAGGAGAAGGUGUAUGUACAGCACAAGCUGAAGGAGAAGUCAGCAGAGGUGAAACAGAUGAUAGCAGACGGCGGCUACAUCUACGUGUGUGGAGCCACCAGCAUGGGCAAGCAGGUUCGCGACGAGCUAGAGCUUGCGCUGGGCAGCGCAGAUUACCUUGAAAGGCUAAAGACAGAGCAGCGUUAUGUGGAAGAGCUGUGGCUAGUCGAGCAGCCUGCCGAGCACGGCGGUUGCAGUUCCGUUUUCGCUUCGUGCCGUCGCCUGCUUUACCUCGGCCUUAGGCUCGAAGCCAAGGUCGAAGGCCUGGCACGCGAGUCGGCGAAGAGUGCAGAGGAGCUCAAGGCCGUAUUUCAGCGUGGCCUGGAACAGCGCGCAGUUGCUGAGAACGCGAUGAACGCAGAGAGUUCAAGGUCACACGUUAUUUUCACAGUCUUCUUGGCGCAAGAUGUACCGUCCCCACAAGGUGGUGUAGAACGCAUCACCAGCAAACUGCAUUUCUGUGACCUUGGCGGCUGCGAGAGGUUGAAGAAAACCGAGGUCGAGCAAGAUCGGGACCGCCGACUAGAGGCCAUCGAGAUCAACAAGAGCUUGUCGGCACUUGGAGAUGUGAUAGAGGCUAUUGCGAAGAAGAGGAAGUAUAUUCCAUACAGGAACCACAAGCUCACCCAGCUGCUGCAGGAUGCUCUAGGCGGAAGUGCCAAAGCCCUGAUGUACGUGAACUGCUCACCAGCACAAUCCAGCAUCAAGGAAACAGUGACAGCAUUGAAACUCGCUAGCCGUGCGAAGUGCAUUGUGAACCAGCCGUGGGAGUCACCGACAUCCCC